CGGGGGCGCGCGCGCAGUAGAGAGAGAGAGAGAGAGAGAGAGAGAGAGAGAGAGGAAAGGCUGAUGAUCAUCACAGAGUCGUCACGUCACGGAUCCGCAGCGACCGACAGAGAUGCUGAGGUGACAGGCAGGAGAGAAAAGGGACGACGCGCCAACACGCGCAGACGUUUAACAUCCAGCUCGGGUUAUUUCUAAAAAAAAAUAAUAAUAAUAAUAAAACCAACCGACCGACACCGACCGACCGGGCACAGACAGCCUCCGCCUCUCUUCUCUCUAUGGACGCUUCGCCCGCUAUGGGAUUCAGCUCCAUGUCGUCCCCACCGCCUCCAAGCGUACAGGAUUUUUUCUAACCACACCCGGCUCUCGCUCUCUCUUCUUUGGAGAGGUGGGUGGAGAGGGAGGGGAUCAAGGAUCGGCUGCAAAGACCCGAGGGUUCUCCAUCAAGGUCCAAAUGCACGGCCCAGUCUGAGGCUCCUGGUCGAGGGGGGGAAGCAGUGAGGACAGCGUCCCUGGUCCACAGACGGGAUGAGCGGGGGAGCGGAGCAAGCUGACAUCCUAAGCGUGCUCUCCCUGGUCAAGGAACGAUGGAAAGUGGCGAAGAAGAUCGGGGGCGGCGGCUUCGGAGAGAUCUACGAGGCGGUGGACCUGCUGACGCGGAUCAACGUGGCGCUGAAGGUGGAGUCGGCCCAGCAGCCCAAACAGGUGCUCAAGAUGGAGGUCGCCGUUCUCAAGAAGCUGCAGGGUAAAGAUCACGUGUGUCGCUUUGUGGGAUGCGGCCGCAACGACCGCUUUAACUACGUUGUGAUGGAGCUGCAGGGUCGUAACCUGGCUGACCUGAGGAGGAGCAUGACCCGGGGAACCUUCAGCAUCAGCACCACCCUUCGUCUGGGGCGACAGAUCCUGGAGGCAAUAGAGAGCAUCCACUCUGUCGGCUUCCUGCACCGCGACAUCAAACCGUCCAAUUUCGCAAUGGGUCGCUUCCCGAGUACCUGUCGAACCUGCUACAUGCUGGACUUUGGUUUAGCUCGACAGUUCACCAACUCUUCCCAGGAAGUCCGACCUCCCCGUCCUGUGGCAGGCUUCAGAGGAACAGUCCGAUACGCAUCCGUCAAUGCACACAAGAAUAAGGAGAUGGGCCGUCACGAUGACCUGUGGUCUCUCUUCUACAUGCUGGUGGAGUUUCUGGUCGGUCAGUUGCCGUGGCGGAAGAUCAAGGACAAAGAACAUGUGGGGAAGCUGAAGGAGACUUAUGACCACCGUUUGAUGCUCAAACACCUGCCGGCAGAGUUUGGCGUGUUCUUGGAACACAUCUCCAGCCUUGACUACUACACUAAGCCUGACUACCAGCUGCUGAUGUCAGUGUUUGACAAUAGCAUGAAAACCUACAAUGUCGUGGAGAAUGACCCUUACGACUGGGAGCGCACCGGCACAGAUGGCACUUUGACAAUCAGCGCCACUGCCACGACGCCGCAACAUCACACCCGACUCACUCCGGCGCACAUGGGUAUGGCGAAUGCGUCCCUCAUCCCCGGCGACCUGAUGAGAGAAAACACAGACGAGGUUCUGCAGGACGAGCAGCUCAGCGACGUGGAGAACAACCCUGCUCCGGAGCGCCUGCCGGGUUCUCCCCUCCACCCGCACCGCAACCAGGAGGCCGACGUCUGGGAGGAGCUGGACCGCAACCGUAACCGCAUCCGGACGGCGGUGUGGAAGGCGGCACCGGAGGAGGAACACAGCAACAACCAGAGUAAUAACCAAGGACACCACGGACCAAGCCUGUGCUCCCCAGUCAAGCUGCACUCUGACGUAGUGCCUUCAGACCGUGAUGGCCCUCUGCUGAGGAAGCUCCGCAAUAUUCACAGUUUUGAGCUGGAGAGGAGGCUUGGCCUAGAGUCCAAGCCCAGUCCAGAGCGCUUCCUGGAGCACGGCUCAGUGAAGCAGCAGCUUGGCACCCAGCAUCAAGAGAAGGAGGCUGAUGGGGCCGCAAUCAUCCCAGUAACUCAGGGUCAAGCUGUACCUUCUGGGGAGCGUCCCGAUAGAGUCUGGCACUAUGAUGAGGAGUUCAGAUCUAAUGGCGGUUCUCCUAAGCCAGCAUCCCCUGGAUCUCAGGAGCAGGGAGAGGGGGUGGUCAGCAGCGGGGGGUUUGUGGCCCUCAAUCUGAGCUCUGGGAGGCAGGACAUUGACUCAAGGGAGUGGGUAAUGGUGGAGCGGCCCUGCGGCUCACCGGGAGCCAAGGCUACCACCAGCCCAUCGGAGGAGGAUGAGGAGCCGGAGGUGCUCCGGCCAGGGGAACAGUCACCUGGGUGGGAAAAGGGCAGCCCAAGCCCGAGCUCUGGCAAAGCUAAACAAGAAAGCGCGGCUUCCUCCAAGGGAAGCGCAAAAGUGGACAAGCUGGAGCUCAGUGUGGGCCCCGUGGGGGCUCUUCCCCCCGUCACUCCGACCAGCCCGGCUGAAGCUCUGGCUGAGGGAGUCCUCACUCAGCUCCCCACCUCUCCUCCGUCCCUGCCUGAGGAGGUUGCGAUCCGGACAUCCAGCCCCAUCCCUCUGCGCUCUCCCAGCCCACACACUCUCCUGACCACCUUGUCGGACCCGCUGCACCUGCGCCACCCGGCGAGCUUGAGGCGCAGCCAGUCCGCCGACCAGCAGCGGCAGCAGGAGCGUCCCUCCUCUUCCUCCUCCUGCCACGCCUCCCUACCGCUACCACCAAAACCCGCCCCCGGCACGCACUCGCCCAGUCGUAGGAAACUCCCGGCCAUCCCGGCGGGCGCUGCCAACGCCAAGUUUCCCUCUGUCAUACGCAUCACCCGUGCACAGCUUCAGCAGUUGACAGCUCAGCGUCCCUCUGGGCUGUCCUCCCAGUCAGGCUCAGACAGUGCCCCACAGUGCCUCCUGUUGGAGAGGCGUGGUGAAGCUGAAGCUGAGGCUCAGCAGGUCCAGGAGCACACAGUGGACAUCAGCUCCCCCCAGGACCACGUGCCCACCCAUCCAGGGACACCCACAGACCCCCUGGCUGAGACGCUGGUCAAUGGAAACAGCCACACCAAAGCUCAAAGCCCCGUGCCAAGCCGCGUGUCUUCCCCGCGUUCUCCACGCUCGCCUCCUCCGCGCUCGCCUUCCUCUCCUCGCUCGCCACGCAGCCCCAUGUUCACAAACGGCCACCUCUCCCCUCUUGCUAACGGCCAAAGUAACGGAGCGUUCCCCAAGCUGAAAGACCCUGAGAAUGGUAACGGUCGCUCUCCUUGUGCCACAGAGCCUCAGCUGAGGGGGGAUGAGAUCAGAGAAGUGAACCGGGCUCCAGAUCAGACCCAAGUCACCUCCUCCCCGGCUGUCCCCCGUAAGGACCCCAGCCGGAGGCAAAGUCGCAUCCCAAUCCUGGAGCCCUCCAUCCUGUUGGAGCUCCCUCCUCCGGGGUCCGCUAAGGAGAAACUCCUGCAGAAGAAAGCUAGCCACCAUGGCCCAGUCCCCUCUCCCACUGCCUCACCAUCCCUCUCCGAUAGGCGCGGCCCCAUGUUGGCCUCCCUCGCCAAGGACCCGCUGUCCUCCACCUCGGACCGCUCCCAGGACGAGGACUCUCUCAUGGGCUCCCGUUCUGAUCGUCAGGGAGAUGACGCUCCUUCCCUCUCCUCCUCCUCCAGCCCUCUGUCCCGCAAGAGCAGAAUCCCUCGCCCCGUUCAUUCAGCUUCUUCUGCUGAGCAGCUGGCUGCACAAUUCUUGCCACGCCCGCCGCCUGGAAAGCCACCUUGCCGCCCCACAGUGGAGGGCAGGCUUAGACGUUACCGCAUUCGAGCUGGCAGCACCAGUGACUCAGACCUCCUGACAUGCCUUGCUCAGCUGAUGCAUGGCUCCAGAGGCUCCCCCCUUCACCACCGCUCCUCAGCCCAGCAUGGGGGCUCCAGGAUGGGCAUCUGCAGCCUAACGAGCUCCCCGCACCACCAUCGCAGCUCUAGCGCAUCCCCGCGCAGCUCCUCCUCUCUGCAGCGCUCCGUCAGCUCCUCGCCCUCCCGCCACGAGCACCGUGGCGGCGGGGGAGGAGGUUGCCUGGGCCGCAGCCGCUCGCCUCCCAGCUUCUCUGGCUCGCCGCCCCCGCGCCGCUUCUACCCGCACCACCAGGAGACAUGCUGCAGCCGCCAGGCCCGCGUGGGCGCGUUCCACCUGUCCAGGGGAAAAGCCUGUAGCCGAGAGGGCAAGUGCUCCAGCAAGCUGAGCAGAUAGUUGCCCACCGGGUUGGAUGGGAAGACUCCAGCUGUGAUAGAGUCUUCCUGAAUAAUUAGAUAAUGUAGUUUGUUUCCCUUUUAUCACUGUCAGUCUGAACCUUACACCUGUCUUGUUAUUUCCCGCUGUUCUCUUCACUCCUUAUAUUUGCACGCAGGGUUUCCUCAUUCAUUUAUGUGCCCGGCUUUAAAGUGGCACUCCAGCGAUUUUACUAUUGCAUUCACAUGAAGUCGUCGUUUGACUUCGUGAGAGACAGAUUUGGGAAAAAGAAGGGUCGAAAUCUGUGCAGCAGAGGCCGAGAUAUCCCAACUUUUAGUCUUUUAAGUCCAAACAUCCUCCUAACGAAGGCUCUCUUGGUGUAUAAAAUCGGUGGAGUGCCCCUUUAUGACAACAAGCGAUAUUGACAUGUCAUUGUCCUCGUUUUAUUUAUAUCUUCAUGACGUAGAGCUAAACAAUAAAGCUGCAAGAUUAAACUGAUUUCCCAACGCAGGCAGCACCGUAAUGCAUAAACCGAGAGUUAGUCGGGCCAGUGGGUACAUAGAUAAAUCAAUUUCCUGUUCAUCCAUCUCCAUAUAGGCUGCACCACAAUAUAACGUAACUUAUUUAUCCCCAGUAUUAAUGCACUUGGAUUAUCCUGAUGGAACAUCAGUGUAGCUGAUCACAGCUUAAUUAAAUAUUGGCCUUGAGGGGGUGACUCAGUUAUCUCCUCUGUAUUUGGAGAUCGCAGGCAGGGUAUAAUAUUUUACUUUAUGCUAUAUGUGAACGCAUAAAGUGCCGAGUUUGUGUACAGUUGUAUUUAUUGAGAUAUUUAUUUUGAUGCUUCGCUUCGACGCUUUCGACUCUUUACCCUCUUUUCUUCCGCGUGAUAGUGGAUGUGUGUGGUUUUCGUGUCACUCGCGUUAGUUUUAAAUGUUUAAAUUGAAGGAGGGGGGCUGUCGCUCUCCUUUUAUACAAUCAAUCAUGUAAAGUGCGUGAGGACACACACCUUUUUGUGCCUACCGUGUUGCUGAGAGGGAUCAAAAUCCAAAAAAUCGUUAAAAAAAAAGGUCUGAAGGCAUUAAUAGAUGUGUUUCCAGUAGUGUGUGUAGUAGCUGUAGUAGCAGUAGUACGCUUAAAACAACACAAGGUACAUUACUGAUGAGUAAUGUUCAGACACAGAUGUUUGUCUCAGCGUGUGCCUUGGCACUUUGGGCAGCUUGAGGAUUCACUUUGGUUCGUUUGUAAUUAGAAAAACUUGAAAAAACAAAAAAAAGGAGCCAAAAACAGACUACUACUUGUGCCAGCAGUUAUAAGACGACCCUUUUCACCAGUAUUCUUUUACGUAGAAGAGGUAGCAACACAAAUGUUUGUAAGUCAAACACAAAUUUGAGCAACUUGAGGACAGAGUAGCUAUUAUUUAUAACAACAACAACAAAAAAAAGGAAAUAUUUCAAAUGAAACCCGACUAAACUGUCCUGUAUAUAUAUGUAAACUGUAUAUAUAUACACACACCAGGUCAGUGUUGGAGACAAAACUUUGAAAAAAUGUGAAUUUCAGACCUCAAACAACACUUUGUCAGAUGUUAUUGAAAAACGGAGGCUAUAUGUACAUAUAUUUCUCACACCAAAAUGAUGUUUCAUGCUUCCACGUGCAAGUUUUUUUUUCUUUGUUCGUUACGUUUGUUCCUCCCGCGCCUGGAGAAUGUCUCUUUUUUUUAAUUUUUAAUAUAAUGACACACAGUAUGUUUGUGCACAAGGCUAAAAGAGAUCGUGUUUAAUUUAGUUAGGAUUUCCUCUCCUCCACGACCUCCCUCUGCUUUGUAAGAUACUGUAAAAAUAAUUCAGCUUUUCCUCCCAAUGCUACUCUUUGCAUGCUCGACACAGAGAGAAAAAACAACUUAAUCAACUACUGAGUAAAAAAACAACAAAAGCUGCAUACCACUUCACGCCACUCACACAGCAUCUAUCUUGUGAAGAUUUCAACCCAGGCGUUGACUUCGUUACCUGCAAGUUGACACGUUUUCCGCACUGACUCGGGAUUGAUUGUGUUGCCAGAUUUUUUUUUAGCUUAAAAUCAAAAGGAGGACAGACUUUGCUGCGUUUUGAGCACUUUGUGUCGUAGGGAACAACACGAGCUGAAGGAUUCAUGCCAGUCGUAGACAAAAGAAAAAUCACAUUGCCAAAUAUUUUGAUAAAUUCUGCAGAUGUGGUUCGACUUGAGAUGUGAUAAACGUGGACUGAAUGGGCACAUUGCUUUGUAGAUAUAAUAAAAAAAAAAAAGAAGUGCUGUUGCUUUGACUCCUACGCUAUAGCCUCACAGAGCAGCUACGAUGACUCAUCCUGAAGUGCAGACAGCGUUCAGUCAGUCAGUCGCCUUAAUGUCUUCUUCUCUGCCCCUCUGUGCGUAGCGAGGGAUGACUGAGCCUUGUCUGUGUUGGAGAUCAUUCCACUUAUUAGGCCCAAGCCAAGCCAUGCCAAGCCAAGCCAAGCUAAGCCAAGCCUCCCCCUGUCACUUAUCUCUCUCGUCUGUAAAAAUGGCAUGUGCUCCCAUGCCCUGUCAGCGUGGUCCGAUAUAUCACCACUGGAAUCAGCUGCUGUCAGACUCUUGUGCUUACAAAGCUGUGCUUCUUCCGGAGAUCUCCCCCCCUCUGUUUUUCUGUGAGAAUGCGUGGGCCUGUUCAUUGAUUGACUGGGUGGUGGUGGUGGAAUUUCGGGGCGCAGCAUUCAAGGUGUGUUUGGGGCGUGCAAUUUCUACACGUUUGCCAGCAAUCGAGUCUUUGAAUCCUCCCCUCUUUUCCACUCUCUAUUUCAGGCACCACAGAUUUCAAGAUAUUUCAAGCUUUCAAAGUUGAGAACGCUGUUGUUGCAGACUUUUAAUAUAUACCUGUAAAAUACUCGAAAGUAAUUAUUUAAAUGAAAUAAUUAUUGUAAAACCAUAUAUGCUAACAGGCUUCAGUGAAAGGAAGGGACAGACACUAAACAGUGCUGCUGGUUUUAAAAAGAUAAUCAGAUUUCUUCUCAUGUUUCUUUAUUUUUUAUUAUUUCUUAUUGCACAUAGGUGGUGUGUAGUCGUAGUACUAGUGAUACCUUCCAGAAGAGAUUUUCUUUGUCACUUUCUAAAGUAGAAAGGUGUCAUAUUUAUAGUUGCUUGAUGGUAUUUGUGGACGCAGAUACUCGUAGUCCAACAGAACAAAACCCAGCUGUUUUUAUUUUAUUUUGAAAGGUGAGAUGAUGGAAACUAACGAAAGCUUCGGUGUGCACUGGUACACUUCUCAUAUCAUAACAUCGGAUUACUUGUCAAUAACUUAUAAAUACUUGACAUAAAUUAUUUAUUGUGACAUUUGCUAAUUUUGCCCAUCUAUCCUUUUGACUUCACUUGUUGGGAUUUUUUAAUGGUUGAUAUUUUUUGUGUUGUAAUGUACGUCAUGGUUUUGAAACGUAACUGUACAGUCUCAAGGAAAGAAUGUAACAAGUGGGAGUUUUUGCAUUGUAUAUAACUGUAAUUAUUUAUGUUUAUUCUAUCAUUUGUAUCAUAUCAAUGCCUUGUACAGUGUUUCUUUUUUUUUCUUUUUUGUUUUAAAAUUAUUUUGUAUUUUAUUUUUAUAAACUGGUUAUAAAUAAAAUACUCAUUCCGCAUGCAGACAGAAUCGUGCCAAAGGCUUCUGUUUUUCAGUCCUGAGACGUCGACCUGCAGGGCAAGGAUACAAAGGUUUCAAUAGGCAGUUGUGUUUGUUUUUUAUUGUUUAACUGGACUCUCAGGUUGUGGUGUUUUAACAAAAAG